AUGACUGGCGAUUCAGAAACAAUCUCUAUCCUCGACGCAUCGUACAGAUCUGCGAGAGCUGUCACGCUGUACAUGACCUUUCUAGGAGGGUCUAUGCCUGGCGUGUGGGCUACAAUUCCCAGUAUCAUGCGGAAGCUCGGCGUAUUUCCACCGGAGAGGGAACUUCCUGCCACGGCCUGGUACUCCAGCAGGGACACUCAGACACCGUACUACGAAAUACUCAGCACGCUGCAGUACUUCAGCAUGCAGUACAGUUUCUUCACUGCAGUGGGUCCAGACUUGCUGUUUGUAUCCACAAUAAUCCACGCAGCUGGUCAACUGGAGGUUCUCAAUGCUAGACUGAGACGUGUUGGGAAAGUGAGUGGAAACCGCAGCACUACCAGUACUAAACAGCAGAAGACAGAGGAGGAACUUUCGGUCGAAGUUUCCAGUGGCGAGAUGAUGUGGAAAGAUCUCUGCAGCUGCAUCGAGCACCAUCAGGACGUCAUAGAGUGA